AUGAGCUUCUUGCUAUACUUCUUGACCGGUAUUUUUGUAUUUCACGUGGCUUUGGCUUGCGAGAAAAGCGGGGAUAAGGUCGAAAAAUGCGGCGUUGCGAAUGGCGUCAUCCCAGCGGAAGGCAAAAAUUCGACAGAAGUUUUCUGGCGAAAGGAUCUCUGCAUGUACUCCUCCAUCUUUGCCGAGUCUUGCCCCUGCGUCGAGGAUUAUCAGAUCGAGCUGGCAAAGCUUUGGUGUGGGAAUGCUGCGCAUAGUUAUGCAGAAUACGAAAAAAGUGAGCAAUUUCCGGAGAUCGAAGAUUGUGAUAACAAAGAUGGGGAGGAAGGGGAAGAAGGAAAAGAAAAGAAAGGUGGCAAGAAGCAGGAUUCCAAGUCGAAGACGGGCAAGAAGCAGAAACGUUCGAACGAUGAUUGCGAG